AUGCCAAGCUUCAUCCCUGGUCAUUUUGGUGAAUACCCUCCACCCUCGGCAGAGGGGCCGAGCCAUCCAGAACGCCCCCAGUACCUAGGACAGACAAAUGUGAUCAGUGAAAUCCUACAAGUCGCCUCGAUUCUUGCGACACUUUAUUUCGUCAUUGCUCUGCUAUUUCGUUUUGCGACAGACUCCGUGCCAGACCCACUCACUAAGGAUACUCUCCAAGCCUUGGGUGAGGAGCAAAGCCACCCAGAACAACCCCAGGGCCCGGGAGAGACACGCAUCACUGGAGUGCAACAAGUCGUCAUUACUGCCAUUCACGCAACUGAUCUCGCUCUUGGUCUCCGACGAAUCCCCGCUGGCUUCCAUGUGGUGGUCAAGGCUGACGGUACUGAACGCCAGACAAGUAACAGACCUGUACAUGUAGAUCAGGCUGUCGUCGAAUGGAAUGAGCCCAUACUUCUGCCAUGCGAGCCAUCUUCUGAAGUUCGGGUCAGCGUUUAUGCCUCAUUUGAGUUGGGUCCCAUGUUAUGUCAUGGUGAAGCCCUCCGUACAUUGGAGACCUCCGUCGGAGAAUUACUGGAUUGCAGCGAAAAAUCGCAUCCCAUAAUCUUUCAGCCCAAGCAGGGGGAAGUCGUAUCCCCGUGUACUUCACUGUUUGUAACAGUGGAACAGCAACUUUCUGAUCAAAACAAAAUCACAGUUCUUUGUCCCCUGACUACCCUUACAUCCCCUGAUAUGGAUGCGACGCAGAACAGCAGGGAUCUCGACCAAUCCAUAGAGCACUUUGAACAUGCUUCGGAUCUCUGCCCCAUGGACCAUCCCUACCGCCCUGCGGCACUGUUCAAUCUAGCCACCGCAAAGUUUGUUAGUUGCCAAGCUAACGGAACAUACCUCGACCUCGACAUACCUAUCUCUCUUUUUCUAGGCGCCCUUGAUUUGCGUCCCACAGAUCAUCUGGACCGAACCGUCACCCAGCUCCAUCUUGCCAUUGCUCUGCUUUCUCGCUUUGCGAAAAUGGGAUUUCAGAUGGAUGCUGAUUGGGCUGAGCAGUUACUGAGCGAAGUUGUCAAUGUCUGCCACGCCGACAGUCACAUUCACAGAGCAGCUUUGAUUGCAAUCGAAACAGCCAGUCUGGGUUCUUCUGGGAGCAUUGAUGUAAAUGAUCUCAGGCAGGAGCGACCUGGUGCAUCCAUGCUCUUGUUAUCGCUGAAUCAACUUGCUUGUCUAGCAGAGUGCUGUUUGUAUGCAGAUGAGCUCCAUGUCUUAGAUGAAGUGAUAUCCCUUCAUAAUGAUGCAUUGGAGUACUACAACACUGGGCAUGGCAAAGGGCAGUUGCUAGGUAACCUGGCUGUAAUGCUGCAAACUCGCUUCGAACGCCGAGGUAAUGAGGAAGACUUGGAUCAAGCCAUCGCACUUCAGAGGGACGGGCUGGCUUUGUGCCCGGUCGGUCACACAGAUCAUCUCAAGUUAUUAAACAACCUCGCAAAUGGACUCUCCUUCUGCUUUGAGCACCGAGGCAACGACGAAGACUUGGACCAGGCUAUCGUACUUCAUGCGGAAGCGCUGGCUUCAUUCCUGGUGUCUUCUUACUUGAGGGUCUUAUAUGUUGAUCAGAAUACAAUGACUAUCACAAUUGUAUUCUUUAAGACUAAGGUGCCAGCUCCUCAAGUUCACAGUCAACGGAUUUUCUACUUCUCGGUUGAUAACGUGGUGGAAGCGCUGGCUUUGUGCCCGGUCGGUCACACAGAUCGGUUUAAGUCAUUAAAUAACCUUGGGAUUCAACUCUCCUCCCGCUUUGAGCACCGAGGUAAUGGUGAAGACUUGGAUCAGACCAUCUCACUUUGCAGGGAAGCGCUGACUUUGCACCCGGUCGGUCACACAGAUCGGUCCAAGUCAUUAAAUAACCUUGCGACUCAACUCUCUAUCCGCUUCCACCACGGAGGCAAUGACGAAGACUUGGAUCAGGCUAUCGCAUUUCAGACAGAAGUGCUUGCUUUGUGUCCGAUCGGUCACAUAGAUCAGUCUGGGUUAUUAAAUAACCUUGCGAAUCAACUCUCCUUCCACUUUGAUCACUGA